GUGAGUGUGUGGUAUGAACGCACAAGCUACACAAUUUCUCAACAAAACGAUAAUGUGACAAUAUGUGUUAUAAGCACAUCCCCUGGAAUUGAGGAGAUGUUUACUAUCGAUAUUACUAACAACAGAACUGCAAAUUCAAGUCUUAUCGAACAAAGCACUUACAGCCUAGAUUUUGUGGUAAACGAAAGUAAUUCAAAUGCAACAGAAUGCUACACCAUUUCAGUUGACUUUGAAGCUACUGAUAUCUGUGAGUACUUCCUUUGUAACACAGAAGAAAUAGUAUCAAUGCUGAAUGUGGAUGAGACUGUUGGACAUGUGCAAUUAAAUAGAUCAAUGACCUCAGUUAUUAUUGAGCCGCCAUUGAUCUGCGAAUGUAUUGAUCCACCGCCUACUCCGUUGUCUUCUUCUGAUGACAUCACUAUUGCAGCUACAAUUCCAUCGCUAGUGCUAGUGAUUGCUGCAGUUGGUAUUGUGGUUGUCAUCAUAGUCUACAGGAAAUGGACUAAGAAACAGGAACUCAUCCUCAAGCAAAUUCAACUUGAAGAGGACAAAGAAAAUGUGACCCUCAGUGAUCAUUACUCAGUUGUAAGGACUUCUGUCUUGUCUGAACAAUUGAGACAGGAGCUAAGUGAGAAAAGGAUGUUGUUCAGCAAGAAUGAACUUGAGCUUUCGAGUACUGUGGGUCAAGGAGAAUCAGGACAGGUGUACAAGGGAUAUCUGAACACUGCACUAGGGAAGGAACUGGUUGCUGUCAAAACUGGGAAGGCCCUUUGUUCCGCCAGUGAUGCAGAACGAUUGGUAAAGGAGGUGUCUACCAUGCUGUUGUUUAAACAUACCAAUGUCAUGUCUCUGGUGGGAGUAUGUCUUAAUGGAGACAUACCCCUACUCAUCAUGCCCUUCAUGAGCAAUGGGAAUGUAUUAGAGUUUGUUAAACAUCAUAGAGAGGAGCUGCUCUGCAUCGAUGCAAUAGAAAUACAGGUUGUAUCUGCAAGGAAAACCUUAUUGAAAAUUUCCCACCAAAUUUCGAAGGGUAUGGAGUAUCUAGCAUUGGAGAAGUUUGUUCAUCGCGAUCUGGCAGCUAGGAACUGCAUGAUUGACCGUGAUGGAGUGAUAAAGGUUGCAGAUUUUGGACUAACGGAGGACAUGUAUGGAACCAACUACUUCCGUCGGGAGAAAGGAGAGGGUGGGAGUGAGGAGAAGGUGCCCAUCAGGUGGAUGGCUCCUGAGAGCAUUGAGGAAGACAUCUACACUGAGGCCACUGAUGUGUGGUCAUUUGGAGUGACGGUGUGGGAGAUCUUCACUUGUGGGAGGAUCCCAUACACUGGUAUUCCAGCCAUGUUUAUACUGAAGGAACUGCAAGCCGGACAGAGACUGGAGAGACCUGACAAUGAGGCCUGUCUGGGUGAAGUAUAUGAGAUCAUGAUGAGUUGCUGGUCACUGGACUGCCAUGCUCGUCCGCUGUUCAAGGAUUUGGUGGGCAGGUUGAGUGAUCUUCUUGAGAGGGAGUCAGACUACCUGGAGUUGUCUGCUCAGUCUCUCUGCUGGAAGGAGACUGUCUCUCACACCCCUCCACCCUCUUCUCCACCUACUGAACAGGAAACUGCAAUAACUGAGGAGGAGCCAAUCUGAGAGUAAACUGAUAAACACAAACUGCAUAAUGCUAGCUGCUUUGGCUAAACAUGCUUAUUAAAGUGCUAAUUCAGGGUGUAGUAUUUGCAUGUUGUACAAUAUCUGAUUGAAUUUCAUAUGCUCUUGAAUAU